CUCCUGGAAAAAGUUGACAAAAACCUUCAUGCAGCUAUGAACGACAUGAAUAAAACCGCCAAUAAUGUGAUGAAUGGUCUCAACAGAAAUAUGUCCAAGCUGGCUGUAAACAGUCGUCUGCAGGACAGCUCGCUGUACAAUAUCACGGAGACAGUUGCUACUUUGAAUCAGAUAAUGAAUGGUCUCCAAGCUAAGGUCACCGAUUUACCGUAUCUGUCAAGAAAGGCAGACAUCCCCUUAACAUUGGCACGCUUGAGAGGCAGGAAGGACAAUAACGUUCUAACGUGGAAUGACGGUCGGGAUUUAAUCCUCCAGGGAGACGUCCAGUAUGAAAACACCGAAAAGUGCCUAAGAGUGAAGCGAGAGGGGCACUUUCUCGUCUACAGCCAGCUGUGUGUAUUCGUCCCCAGUACUAGUUCAGCUGUGCAUUUUACUCAAUCAAUACAGAGGAGAAUUCCAACCGGCUGGCACCGCGUGCUUUAUAAGGAACUAAGUGUGCAACGAGGCCGUAAUGAUUGCACCUAUAUGUCAGGAAUAGUACACCUCGACAAAAACGACUGCGUCAAAGUUGGUUUUUCAGAUGAAGAGUAUAUCAUUAGCAACCAUGAGUACAAUUCGUUUGGUUUGUACAUGCUGGCAUGAACCCGUCGUUCUCAAUGUCUGUGAGGCCUUGAUUUUUAUUAGUAAAGAUGUUAAUACAGUAAGUGACAUUUCCGGUGACUUUACUGUGUUUCAUUGUCAGUAAAUGAGAAAAGCAUUGACUUCUUAAAACAUAUGCAUUGUGCUUGUUCCCCAGUAUGACAGUUAAAGAAAGAUGACAAUUUAAUAAGUGCCCAUUUUUUUUUACCUAAUAUUAAAUUUUACGAAUCCAUAUAGACCCAGAGAUUCAAACUGAAUUCAUUAUGCCCCCAUGCAGAAAUAUGUCUCGUAUUGGUUAGAUACAGCACCUUAUUGUAUAUAGUAUACAUGCACCUGUGUUUUACUGUCUUCCAAUACAAAUGUAAUAGCAUUUGCUUUUGCGUGACCUCAGGCCACUAAUUGGUCAGUAACCUUAGCUUGUUCAAGAAUUGUUUUUCAUAAAAACUGUAUAUUGCUACCAGUACAAAUUGCCUUGCUUUAAAUUAAUCUUCAGUACAUUGAAAAUAUUUUAAUUGUUAAAAAUCAUUUUCUGUUUUAUUUGUUAUGUUUUCCUAUUGAUAAAAAGGAGAUGUGCAUCGCCAAUAAUAUGUACUAUGCUGUAUCAAUAAAACUCAGAUUAUUGAGUGUCAAUUCU